AUGUCUUCACACUCAUACUGUGCAAACUACUAUGGCUCCAUCAACUGCCACAACACAGUUAUGAAAUUUGGGGAUCGAUGUGCUCUGUGCACGGUAAGAUGGUAUUCAGAGAGAUGGCAUUACAAGCUUACUAAAGCCCAAGCACAGAAAAACUACAUCAACACAUCAAGCGCAGAACUCCUCGAGAACGGACUACCGCAAGCGAACCAGCAGUGGGUCGAGAAUGUCAAGAGAGAGCAACUACGACGAGAAGAGGAGAAGAGUCGAAGGGCCAGAGUGAGCAGGACUAGCUCGGGGAUGGUACGAUAG